ACGGCAAGGUUUAAAAUAGAGGUGAGUAAAAUCCUCUGUUUCUAGUCUGCUGUUUUCGAAUUGUUUGAGCCUUGAAGCUAUCUGCCUGUGGAUGUGGCCUUUCAAUUUGGCUGCAGACAAAGAAAGAACCACGAGUCCAGGCCUCUGCCGAAUUUUUGAAUAUUGAAUAACUCGUGUUCAUAUUGAAUUAUCAAUUUUAUUCUGAGUAUUCUGUGUCAGUCGAGCAGAGAAGCAUAUAUGAGGGAGCGCUCUGUUGUGAGGGUGACUGCUGUUUGAUAUCAAUACCUACUUUUGUUUCCCCGUGUAAUUUUCGGGUGGGACUGUGUUUGUAGGCUAUCGAAAGUCUGUUUAGUCAACUCGUGUAAGGCGGAAGCUUCUGUUGAGGGCAUUGCAAUUACGAUAGCUGUAGACUGGCCUUGCUGAAUUAUUAAAUUGAGAUCCAUUUAUUAAACUGAGAUCCAGAGGUCAAUAAUAUAUUAAUAUUUAAAAUUAAAACCAAGAGAAAUUUGAAAUUUGUCUAAAUCCAGAAAGCAGAUAUUUAAAUUGUACAAAUUUGUAGAAUUUAUUGUAUGAAAAAAAAAAAAAAAAAAAUUUAAUUAACAUUGUGUUUAGCCACAUAAUUUGAAUUUCUUUGAGUGUUUUAUCUAAUGGAUGAAGUUAUACGGUCAUGACCUAUUCUAUUGUAUAGUGAAGUCCUUGCAAGGCACUAAAACCUAAAAUGCUAAAACUUUUUAAAUUUCCUACAUAAAUCGAUCUUGUCAGAAUAGGUGUCAAAGCAGACCCAGGUAGCCAAAAAGAUGUGGGCCAAAAAUGGCCCAGAACCGGCAAGCCAGAAGAAAUAACUCGGCCCAGAUGCGGUUGCCGGACUCUUGUGAAACACGGAAUGAAUGACGCGCCAGAAUCGGCACGAGUCCGGGUGCCGAAACUGAGCCGACACUGCUGGCAUAGGCCACAAUCACGCCAGCAUAAAUUGUACAAUUAGCCGGUACUGGCCCGAGUCUGGGGUCCAAAGGGAAAUGUAUAUGAAAUACAUAACUACAUCAAUUUAAUGAAUAAGAACUACAAAAAAAACAUUUUACCAAAGCAAUAUUAGCUUGUUUGCUAAAUUAAGUAGGCCUAUAUGUACGUAUAAGUAUUAAGACAAGUAGUUCUUGUAAUGAAUUGGUUACCAAAAACUACUAAAAAAUAUUUUUUUAAAGACUUAAAGAAAUUUUGUAUUCAAGUGCAUGUGUUGUCUCAGUCCUCUUUGUCUUCUUCAGCAAGCUUCCUGUUUUGGGACUGAAAAACCAAAAUAAAGAUUAGGGCAGUAAAAACACAAGUCUAUUCUGAUAGAGUACAUAUUUAUUCAUUUUCUUUCUUGAUUUUAAGAUUGGAUCUGUUAUUUUCACAUGAUGACUGGUCUAUGUAUAUUCAGUACUCAAAAAUAAAAACAAGCAGAUCCGGUGCAGACCUGCAGUCAUCCAGUUGUCGACAGAUGUCGGCGCUGACAGAUGCUCAGGGGCUCCAGUGCAUCAUCAAGCCCCCCGUUUUAGCUCCGCCCAAAAAAUCCUGAACACAGAACUGGUGAAAAAAAUAUAAACAAUUCAGUACUACAUAGUUCACAGUCUUUGUAAUGUUUCAUUACAUUUUCAUUCGAUAUGUACUGUGAAAAGCGCUAUACAAAAAAAAAAAAAAAAUUGAAUUUUAAAUAAAUGCAGCAGUGGUGAGUAUAAAAGCUUUCUUUCAAAUACAUUACAAAUCUGACCCUAAACUUUUGAAUGGUAGUGUAUGUUUGAGGUAUCACUUACCAGUCACAUGGUUCAUAAUGUCUAAAGAUGUCCAACUGCACUGCCAUCAGCAUGGAAAAAUCUGGGAACAUAAACAAUUUGUCACAGAGCCAACAAUAUUUAGUAUACAAGGGCAUGCUCAUUAUAAAUAAACUAUAGCAGAGGUGAAAUGCAGAAAAGAAAAAGAAUAAUAUACAGAAUAUACACAAAAAAAAAAAAAUCUUAAGAUAACAGAAUUUACAUGUUUAGGUUUACUUAUUCAGUAAUGCUCAUACAGUGUCACUUAUGUUUGCACGUCAAAGCCAUUUUACCAUUAAAGAUCAAAGUUUGAGAUAGUUUCGUAUUUGGAAAUGUUUACCAUGAAAGAUCAAAACGUGUUUGAAAUAGUUUCAGCCAAUUUACACUCUUUAUGUUCGUGACGUCACCGAUUAACCGUACAGUGCAUACUUUUAGGUUAAUUCGCUUACCUCUAUUCAUUCAUUGAGAAAUUGCCAGCAAAACCUUUACAAAUCUAUCAAAAUCUCUCAUCUACACAUAAGAUAUAUGAUUAAAAGCCCAAACUUACAUAAACAAGUCCACGUCUAAAGUUAAUCUCUUAUAGUUAACGUUAGCCUAACGGUUGAGAUGCUAACGGACUUUUUCGAAGACACUAAACCAUUUCUAUAAAGUAAAUAUUCAACGAAAGCCAGUCAUUUACAUUAAAGAAAGUGUCAGGAAUAUUUGUAUGUACUAUUUGUGUAAUUUUAGGGACUAAACUUACCUGAAAGUAGUGGAAACAACAGUGAGAGACAGGGUUCGCUGCUUGUCAGUUGAAUUUUAAUCCAUUACUGAAUUUGGUAAUUAUUUAAUUAUAUAAUAUUAAAAUACUAAUACAAUAAAAUAACAAACAUUAACAGGGAGAGGCCAGAGCAUAAUAUUUUUUUAAAACAAUAAAUAAGUUUGUUUAAUCCAUUAAAAUUUACUGAAUUUGGUAAUUAUUUAAUUAUAUAAAAUUAAAAUACUAAUGCAAUAAAAUAACAAACAUUAACAGGGAGAGGCCAGAGCAUAUUUAAAAAAAAAAAAAAAAAAAGUUGUAAUUAUGUAUUAUGUUAUAUUAAAAUAUAUUGCAUUUAAGUAAUUUCAUGACAAAUGCAGAUCAGUUUGCCACAUAGUUAAAAGACGACCCACUUUGAAAAGUUCCUAGACCCCAUGUCCCAGGCCCUGAUCUAUCCACUCUCAAUACACAACCUAACCUUGUAAUGUAAUGGCAAUAUCUUAUGCAAAAUGAGGCCAGCACUUAUGGCCCAUAGUGGGCCUAAUGUGCCUAAUGUGCCAUUUGUCAACCACAAUCGGGUCAGAUCCACACAACCAAAGCCUGGCCAAAUCUGGCAACCAUUACUGGGCCAGAGCUGGCUCACUUCUGGCAUGCCGCUGCCAGUACACAGCCGAGUGAGCCGACACUCAGCCGCAAUUGGCCCGAUUCCGCUGGCUACCUGGGGAUCAGUACAUCAGCAAUUAUUUUUGUAUGUGGAUGUCGGUCUCAUAAAGGAGAUUGGAUUGGAUUGUAAAAAGGCUUACAAAUUCAACUAAUGGCUAUUUGCCACUAUUUCCUACACUGUAACGGAUUUCUGUAAUUUAAACAGUAUUUUACUGUAAUAUGUACAGUACGAUACUGUAAAAUGUGUAUACAGUAUAUUACUGUAAACAGUAAAGGAUUAUGGGAAAAUAUAUGGUCACUACUGUAAUUUUUCUGUACUGUAAAUCAAUUUACAGUAGUGAACUUGCCCAUGAAAAACUGACCAAUGGCAAGAGAUUUCGUUUUUUUUUUUUUUUUUUUACUCAGUGGGGGAAGUGGCUGUUAACGGAGAAAAAAAGAAUGUACCAGUAACUCACUAAAAGGGUUUGGUGUCUUUUUUCUGAAUGUUGGCCGGAUCGCCGUUAUAACGGUGAUAACAUGAACUGAUGAAAGAAAGUCCUACAGGUUUAAAACGACAUGAAGCCUGCUCCCAUCAUGCCAAAUGACACAGACAUGCCACUGUCGAUGUGCGCGCUGGGACGCGGAUCACGCAUCUCCCUCGCCACCGUCUACUCCUUCAUGUGCGUUCUGGGUACCGUCCUCAACCUCCUAGUUAUCUAUUUGGUGGUGACGUUCAAGAAGCUCCGCACAGCCAGCAAUGCGUUUAUCGUGAACGGCUGUGUGGCAGAUCUGCUGGUUUGUGCUUUCUGGAUGCCCCACGAAGCGGUGGCCACCUCCACUGGGACUUUUCUGGUGGUGGGUUACCAGGCGUUCAAAGAAGCGCUGCUGUUUCUUGGAAUCACCGUGUCACUGCUCUCACAUUCACUUAUUGCGGUGAACAGGUACGUUUUGAUCACCAAAACGCCUGCUGUGUAUCAAAGUCUGUAUCAGAAGAGAAACACAGAAUGGAUGAUCGCAGGAUCGUGGCUCAUCUCGUUGGGCUCUUUGUUCCCGUGGCUCACGUCCUUUCGAUACCCGCCCGAGAGAUGCCGGGACGCAGAGGACAGAUCCUUCACCACGGUGUCUGUUUUGUCCAGUCGGUUUGCCGCAAGCACUUUGGCGUUCACUAUCAUUGGACAAACCGUUGUCGUCAUGUACUGCUACUUUAAAAUUUUCCGCCGAGUGCAAAUAAGUGUGAAGAGGGUCAGUAUUUUGAAUUUCCAAAUCGUGAACAACCUCCCUUAUUCAUUCCCGAGAAAGGACAAGCGUCUCGGCUUCUACGUUCUCGCAGUGUGCUUAAUUUUUAUUCUUACAACCGAACCCAUUUUUUGGGUUCUCAUCACCGGACUGUUCAUCCCGGUGUCAGUGGCGCUUUGGACAUCAACUUGGAUUGUGUUCUGCACUAUAUUUGUAUCCAAUCCCUUUCUGUACACCUGGAAGAAUGAGGAGUUUAGGAAGUCGUUCAGGUCUGUGAUGAGAGGAGACUUCUUGCGGGGAUCCACGGUCGGGGUCGAGCCCAUCACCAUCAAUACCAUUUCUCACAUCUUCCCGAGACAAAACAGCCGCAGGGCAUUUCUGGGUGAGAUGAACUGAGAUAAACCUGCGAAACCUUACAACUAGUACUGUGGCCAAAUUUCGCUUGUGCCGGUGGUUUUUCAGUCACGAUAAGCUGCAUGUGUUUUACAGUGUUUUGUAAAGCAAAGUUUUUGUAACAUUUUUGUGAAUGUUGAAGUGUGAAUUGUUUUUGCACAACUGUGAAGACUACACUACAACUUUUUUAAAUAAGAAAUGUUUAUGUUCAAAUAAAUCAGAAAUAUCUCAA